GGAACUGUUGUAGAGUGCCGUUUACGUCAGAGGGACCGUUUCAGCUGCAACACAGACCUGUCAUGUGCCGAAUGUUGUUAGCCUUCAGUAGCAGUUCAUUGUGCGAGAGACAGCAACCAGCAGAGAGAGUAUUUCUUGUCGAAACGAUAUUCUGAAUGGAAUGACAGAUUCGAGCAAACGAGAAUCGAGUGGCUUUACAGGUAAAAAAGCAAACAGGUUGAGCAGGUAGUGUCUCACGCAGCGGAUGAUUUAAAGCUGAAAACAUGGCUAGGUUCAUGAGUAGAGUAUGGUGUAAGGUGGAGUCAACCGGUCGCCAUCUGCCAAUCUUUCUGAACGCUUUUCUGGUGUUCUCCAUCACUGCUGAGGUCAGCUAUCUGGUGCUGGUGGAAGCUCCUUUUGAGCCAGCAGAGAAGAAGACCGAGUGGUCCACCAUAUGGAAAACUAUGCAUCUCUUCGCUCAGUACUUCAUGCUGGGAAAUAUAACCUGGAAUGCUUCAUUGUUCGUGAAAACUAACCCAAGUAUCCGUGGAGUGUUUCUUGGAGGAGAUGCAUUGGGUCAAGGGUGGAGGUACUGCUACAGCUGCGAGACACACACUCCUCCACGAUGCUCGCACUGCCACGAUUGCAACGUGUGUGUGCUGCGCCGUGAUCACCACUGUGUGUUUUUUGGCCAGUGUGUCGGCUUCCGUAAUUACCGGUAUUUCCUGACCUGUUUGUUCUUCAUGUGGGCAGGGCUGCUCUAUGCAGUAGUCAUGAAUGCCGAGGUCUUCAUUGUCAUCCUAAAAGAGGGUGUCACUUUUCACAGUGUCAUGCUUUUGCUCAUGCCCUGGAUAAUGCUCGUCUCUGGACAGGUGACGGCACGGGCGUUUGCUUUUGCAUUCAUUGCUGACACUUGUGUAGUGGGCUUCCUACUGGUUGCUGCCUUCCUCUUCUUUCACGUGGUUCUGAUGCUGAGGGGACAGACCACACGUGAGUGGUACUCCACACGGAAGCCUUACAGCCUGGGAGUGCUGGGCAACAUCAGGGAAUGCCUGGGCAAGUACUGGUACAUCUGCUGGCUCUGUCCAUUGAUACCUUCCCCGCUGCCGGGAGACGGCAUAAACUUCAAGUUGACUGGUCCACUAGAGCCCAAGAAGUAGGGUGUGCACUGAUAGGUAUUUUCUCAUUGCAAUUUCAAUACAGCUGAUCCAGAAUGGCAUGUUGUUGAACCUGCAGCAGCGGUUGCAUGCUGUGCUCACACCAAACAAUUAGCAGCUCUCUUUUUAUCUGAAAAACCAGCAAGAAAUGCAGAUUUUUUAAUUCAUUUUACAAUUGUUUUUCUUCAUUGCGGCAGUCUUAUUGGUUUUAAUUGGUGUUAAUUUGGUGGAUGUCAAGCAUGUAAUUUUAAAUAUUUUAUAAUGCGUUUUGUUUUUGGUUCUAUUGUGCAAUCGUUGCUUUUGUAAAGCAAACUUUUUUUGAAAAGGGAAUUAUUUGAAUAUCUGAUUGGUUUGCUCUUUUUUUUUUUUUUUUACUGUCAUUGAUGUGCCAAACAAUCUGUCCAAACAAAUGUGAAUUAGUGUUGUCAAAAGUACCGGCUGCGAUACCGGGAGUACUGAAAUUUUAAAAAUAUGAUGCUUUGAGCACUGUUGAGUGGAUUCGUAAACACCUCUGAUUGGCUUUUGUGUUCACGUACUCAUCAGAUAUGUCUGUGAUUGGCUACAAUGAUCAAUGCUUCAAAAACAUGUUGUAAAUAGACAUCAGUGACGCUCAAUAGACUCUCUUCACUGAGUGCUUGUGCAGAUACACAUGGGAGCAUUUGAAAGCAGGCGUCUAUCAGCGGCUCCUGCUUUCAAAACGCUUUCAAAUUCAAACACUCCCGUGCGUUGAUCAUUGUAGCCAAUCGCAGACAUAUCUGAUGAGCGUGUAAACACAAAGGCCAAUCAGAGGUGUUUACGAAUCUGCUCAACAGCGCUCAAAGCAUCAUGUUUUUAAAACUUCAGUACCGACUUGAUAUCGCGGUCGGUACUUUUCACAACACUAAUGUGAAUGUGCUGUAUGCCAAGCUGUCUUUUUUUUUUUUUUUUGUCCUGAAUUAUACAACAAAUGUAAUUUUGUUUGUAUGGCACUGAAUAUUGUUUACCUUUAGUUUAAUGUUUAUAUUUGUUUUUUGUUUUUUUUAAUCAAUACCAAGGCCUGAGUUAUCUUUCCAUAAAAUAAAUACCUUUUGGGUUUUUUAUUUAUUAA